UAUAGGGAUGUGGUGAAUCUGCCUUUCCUUUCUCCCAACCUAUCAACCAUUUCCUGGUACACAGGCACUGAUAUUGUUUCCAUGGAUACGCAACAUUUAAAAGGAAACGCAUUUAAUGAAACAAAUAUAUGAUAUUUUUCUUUUUUAAUUGAUACGCAUGUCAUAGAAAAUGUGAUAAUUAGUCAUAGGUUUGCCUUAUAUUUAACCCAAUGUGCAAAAUGACACAUGUUGAUUAAAUGAUAUCGUGAGGAAUAGACAGUGUAACGUGAGAGGAUACGUCUCAGUGCCAGCUAUAUAUAGACAUGCUGUAACACUGCGCCGUAUAACGCCACGCCUAUAUAUGUAUAGCCUAUGCCACUGUACAUGUAUUAGAUAUGGGUAUUUACUUGCCCGGAUACCCAGAUGUGAUUUAGAUAUCUCAGAGACAUUAAAGGGGAAAUGUCCAUCAAGGUUAAACUGCAUCCUGAAGAGGAGAUUACCCUGUGCAUCGUUUGAGAGCAAAACCUGUGGCCCUUGUAUGCCCCAAUAUGUGGAAGAUCAAUCGGGGAACUGUGAGCUAAAGCAAGAACAGUCAAAGUUCGUUGGCCCUGAGGAAAUGAUUGACUUUUUUAACAAAAUGGCGAUUUCCGGAUCAAAGGUGACCAGAGGUCAGCACGUCAAUCAAAACGGCACAGAUUCUCCUGCAGGUAGCACCAAAACUGAAACCACAUCCCAGUCACCCACUGCUUCUACUCCACACCUUCCUCAGCUUCUCAAUGAAUCCACCAGGACAGAACCCAUGUCACAGUCCUCGUUAACAGCAAAUGAGUGGAAAAUGAGUUCAUUGAGGAAGUCUGACUUUAACCAGACCAUCUCCCUAGCUCUGAUAGUGAUCUGCAGUCUAACAGCAUUUUCGGGUGUCUUGGUGGCGGCUCUAUGCUGGUAUCGAUUACAGAAGGAGGUACAUCUGACACAGAAGAUGGCAUAUUCAGCAUACAAGGGCACUAGGCAGCCCCCUUGCCAAAGGUCUGCUAAUGAGAAUUCACAUUUUAUGUGGCAAUAUCACGAUGUGAGGAAGCAGCGCCAAGCACAGAGCGGAUCAGGGACGAAACCUCGCCAGCAGCUCUCCACAGACUCUGAGGCAGAUAUUGAGGAAUUCACCAUGUACGAGUGUCCAGGCCUAGCUCCGGCAGGAGAGAUGGAGGUUCACAAUCCCCUCUUUGAUCCGUUACCAGCCAAGCAAUGAUGGGGAGUUUGUCGUGAAAUCCUGCAGAAUGUUAUGAUUCUAGACAUAUAUAUAUAUAUAUUUAUCUGUAUGUGUUGCUGCUCCGAAUUGUGUGCAUUAAAUUUUGAAAUUUA